CAGACCAAAGGCUCGGCAGACGGAAGAGAAGGUAAUCAGAGCGCUGCAGGAAUCGAACCGACGACCUGCUGAGGACGAGCCGCUGCUUCACCAGAAGACGACGAGUUCAGAGUAGAACACGGUGUCAUCCGCAUAGACGGAGAACAUCAACAUUCAUCACUAUAAAUAAAAAAGCAGUGUGUGUCUCCAUGGCGACAGGAGCGUGUGUGUUGCUGAGUGUGUGUGUCGGUGUCUGUGCGGCGUUUAACCUGGACACGUCGUUCCCGCUGCUGAAGAGAGGCGAAGACGGAAGUCUGUUCGGACUGUCAGUCGCUCUGCACCAAGACCUGGAGACACACAGAUACCUGCUAUUGGUGGGAGCUCCCAGGGAGAAAGCGGAGCCUAAUGUUCCAGCCAAUCGAACAGGAGGAGUGUACAGCUGCCCGAUCACUGCUGACCAAUCAGACUGCAGGAGGAUGAAGCUCAUAGAUCCAGACCUGAACCUGUCUGAGGACCUAGUUGAAGACAUGUGGCUGGGCGUCUCAGUAGCCAGUCAGGGGCGACCUGGGGGCAGGGUCCUGGCGUGUGGUCACCGAUUCGUGAAGCUCUAUGGAGCGCUCAAACUGAGGCACAUGAUUGGUCGUUGUUAUCUCCGUGGCAACAACCUGGAGUAUGACGAGGGGGACAUGCACUGGCAGAACCCCGACCAGCCCUGCAGUCACCUGGGUGAUGUCAGCAGUGAGGUCAUGUGUAACAUGGGAAUAUCUGCCUCCAUCACUCAGACUGAGGUUAUUGUUGGCUCACCUGGAAGCUACGAAUGGCAAGGAAACGUCCAUGUGUCCUGGAUGAAUCCAGAUGUUCAGUUUGACACCCAGAAAAGCUCCCUCCCCAACCUGCAGCACAGGAACAUUUAUAUAGGAUAUUCGGUCACUCAGGCUCGCCGUCUUCUUUCUAAGGAUAGAGAAACCAUAGUAACAGGAGCUCCUAAGGACAGUAAAGAGGAUGCUCGUGGCUCUGUGUUGUUGGCGGUGAAACAGUCUAAGGAACUGUGGAUCAAGCAGACGCUGCGAGGUGAACAGAUGGGCUCGUACUUUGGUAACGCUGUGGCAACCGCCGACCUCGACAACGAUGGGUGGAACGAUCUGCUGGUGGGCGCUCCUUUUUACUUCCAGCGUCAGCAGGAGGUGGGCGGGGCAGUUUAUGUCUACAUGAACAAAGGAGGCCGGUUCGAGUCGGGGCCCAGUGUGGUGCUGAGGGGACCGGCUGGAUCUGCGUUCGGAAUGGCUGUCGCUGCUGCUGGCGACCUGAACCAAGAUGGCUUCCAGGACUUUGCAGUCGGGGCUCCUUUCCAUGAAACAGGAAGUGUGAUGAUCUGGACCGGGAGCGAAGGGGGGGUCUCUGCAGAACCAAGCCAGGUGAUCCAGGGCAGCAGGGUCUCUCCUGGGUUCAGGACCUUUGGCUAUUCUCUGUCUGGAGGUCUGGAUGUUGACGGGAACAAAUAUCCAGACCUGCUGGUCGGCUCACUGGACAACACUGUCACUCUGCUCAGAUCUCGUCCAGUCAUCCAGCUCAAUAACACCAUCGAAGUUUCUCCAGGCAUCGUUGACCCGAACAUGUGCAACUUCUGUAUUCAGGUGAAGGUGUGUUUCUUCUACAUCUUCAACACUGGAGAGAAGAGCAACAGAGACAACAUCACCGUCCACUUCACCGUGACCGCUGACGUCACCAGUCUCAAGUCCCGCCUCCGUUUCCAGGACAACAAGCAGAGCAUGUUCUCUGGUUACCUGUCGAUGCCGAGACGUCAAUGUAAAACCCUGAAAGUCGGAUUACAGAGUCCGAUCCGAGACAAAGUGGAACCGCUGGUGUUCUCCCUGAAUGCCUCUCUCUAUGAGGAACUUCCCAGGAAAAGAAACUCUGUACAAGACCUGAACCGUUUCCCUGUGCUGAGCCAGACUCCCCAACCCGCCAGAGACCAGAUCCAUAUCCAGAAGGCCUGUGGUUCUGAUAACCGUUGCCAGAGCAACCUGCAGAUGACAGCCCAGUUCACAGAUGAGAACCAGAAACCUUUUGACAUGCAGAAGAGCAGUCAGGUGUUGCACUACAACAGCAGCAUUAACCGCCUGCUACUAGAGGUCAACAUCAACAACACUGAAUCACCAGGACGACCAGCAGAGGAUGCUCACAACGCUGUUUUGAACGUUAGCAUCCCGCCAUCGCUCAUAUACUCUGGAGUCCGACAACAGGGUGACAUCGCAGUGGUGGAGUGUUCUGUUGAUGACACUGUUCUUCUGUGUGAGCUGGGGAACCCGUUUAAAAGCAACCAGAAGGUUCAGGUGUUGAUCAUUUUUCAGCCAUCUGAGAUCAGUUUGGACACCAGAGAGAUUCAGUCUGUGCUGCAGCUGUCCACGCUCAGUGAGCAGGCCGAUCUGUCUCCUGUCUCUGUCUCCAUGUUGGUGGAGUAUUCCCUGCAGACGUCUCUCAUUCUGAUCAAACAACCAGACUCCGCCUCCUUCAGUGGUCAUGUGAUCGGUGAGUCAGCCAUGAAGAAGACAGCAGACGUUGGCAGUCUUCUGCUCUUCUCUUUCCAGGUGAACCUCAGCGGGAAGCCGCUGGGUCGCCUUGGCAACCUGGCGGUGGAGUUUGAUUGGCCGAGGGAAGUGUCCAAUGGGAAGUGGCUGCUGUACCUCACAGAGAUUCAAGUGAACGGCACCUCAGAGCCUCACUGCACUCCGCCUGGCAACAUCAUCAACCCCCUCAACCUCAUGCUGUCAAAGGAGGAGAAGAGGAGGAAGAGGAGUCUGGAGGAGGAGGUGACAGAGAAGCAGGAGGAGCAGAGAGAAAAAACUCUACCUGUCCUCCACCUGCAGGGACAGAAAAAGAAGUCCUACACUCUGGACUGUGUGCACGGGGCUAACUGUGUGACAUUCGUAUGUCCGCUGGUGAACAUGAACAAUUCAGCGACUCUGACAGUCAGAGCCAGACUGUGGAGCUCCACCAUGAUUGAGGACUACAGCGAUGCAAGGAGAGUGUUGGUUCGAGGCCGGGCAACUCUGAAGUUGCAGACCAAUAAACCAACCAUCAACAUGGAGUCUCACAGCACAAAGAUUGAGGUCUCCAUUAAUCCGGACUCAGGGCAGCAGGUGGACUCCAGUGCCCCUGUGUGGAUCAUCGUGGUGUCUGUCCUGGCAGGACUUUUCCUGCUGGCUCUGAUCUGCGUGCUGCUCUGGAAGUGUGGUUUCUUCAGGAGAGCCAGCACCAGAGAGCUGUACAAGGCAAAGACCCAGAAAGCCCACAUGAAGAGCCAGCCGUCUGAGGCCGACAGGCUGACCCAGGAGCUCUGAGGCUGGGCAGACGGCUGCCAGAGAGCCCUGCUUGCGGGUUCUUCGUGCGGCGGCGGACAUGGCAAGCAGCAGCAUUGCACCAGGGGAGAAUUAUGGCUAAAGAGGACGCAGACGGCUUCCUGAUCCAAGAUGAUGUCUCCACGUCUGGAAAGACGCCCAGACGUUGGGUCACCUCCUGGACCGAGACACAUUAACAGAGUGGUGGUUUCCAUGGAAACCAGACCAACACACUGCCAUUUAACACCUGCUGCUGUCAUGUGAAAACCUCUUAUCCUUUUUACUUUCAGUUCAGUUUGUACUGAAAUACAGAGAUACAAGGUUCUCAUCUGACCGGGGUUUAAGGGUUAAUGUGAUUUAAAUAAUUCGUUUUGUAAACAGCCGAAGUUAAAUUAUCUUUUUUUUUUAUGAUGUCGUGUGUCUGAAUAUUUCCUAGCAUCCUCCUGGUCUCAGAGUGAAAACAGAUGUAAAGAAAUUAAUAUUGAUUUUUGGACAAAUCAAAUAAUUUCCUGAUAUUGUACAAACAAACUCUGACUUGUCUGUUUGUACAAUAUUAGAACUCAUCGCAGUGAUUAAUUUAUUGAUCGUCACUGUGGGUCAGUUUGUUACCAACACAGAUUUAAUGUCAACUGAACUGAGACUACGGAUAUAGACCAAUCUAAAGACUGACUGAUGAUUUGGAAACUGAUCAGCAGAAUUUAUUAGUUAAAGGGCUGAAAUAUAAAAAAAGUGUUCUGCUCCUUUAAGAACCAAACAUGGCAGCAGAGUUUAGUGUUAACAGGUUUAAUGUAUCCAUGUGUAUAAAUGCUUCUUUUAAGGGCUCCUCAUAAACAACGUUGUGAGUAAAUAACACUUGUGUUCAAGUGCUGUCUGAAAUUAUUUGAUGGAUUUUUGUACAAAAAUAGAUUUUGUUGUUUUAUUUUAGAAAUAAAACUACACUGCUGACUGAAAUAUAUUUUAAAUCUUAGUUGCAUCCAAACAUCAAGUUCAUUUUUUUUCCUUUUACUGUCUUUUUUGUGUAUAUUUUACAUAAUUGUGAUAUUUCUGACAGCACAUGAGAGCAACAUCAGUUUGUGUGUAAAGUCUUCUGUCUUGUUCAGAUUGUGUGGAUGUGGUUUGUAAACACUGUUGUGACCUGUUUGUGGGUUUUCUGUAUGUUGAUAAUAAUAAGUAUUUUUUGGUAAUUUA